GGCCCCGCCUCCCCUGCAUCUCUGCCAGCCCCGCGGUUCCCGCGCACGCUGAAGAUGGCGGCCGCUGUAGGAAGGUUGCUCCGGGCCUCGGUUGCCCGACAUGUGAACGCUGUUCCUUGGGGCAUUUCUGCCUCUGCAGUCCUUAGGCCUGCUGCUUCUGGAAGAACAUGCUUGACAAACAUGUUGUGGUCUGGUUCUGGUCAAGCAAAGUUUGCCUUUAGCACCAGUUCCUCAUACCAAGCUCCUGCUGUCACCCAGCAUGCGCCCUAUUUUAAGGGUACAGCUGUUGUCAAUGGAGAGUUCAAAGAACUAAGCCUUGAUGACUUUAAGGGGAAAUAUUUGGUGCUUUUCUUCUAUCCUUUGGAUUUCACCUUUGUGUGUCCUACAGAAAUUGUUGCUUUUAGUGACAAAGCCAAUGAGUUCCACGAUGUGAACUGUGAAGUUGUUGCAGUCUCAGUGGAUUCCCACUUUAGCCAUCUUGCCUGGAUAAAUACACCAAGGAAGAAUGGCGGUUUGGGCCACAUGAACAUCGCACUCUUGUCAGAUUUAACUAAACAAAUUUCCCGAGACUACGGGGUGCUGUUAGAAGGUCCUGGUCUUGCUCUGAGAGGGCUCUUCAUAAUUGACCCCAAUGGAGUCAUCAAGCAUCUGAGUGUCAAUGAUCUCCCAGUGGGCCGAAGUGUGGAAGAGACCCUCCGCUUGGUGAAGGCGUUCCAGUUUGUGGAAACCCAUGGAGAAGUCUGCCCAGCAAACUGGACACCGGAUUCUCCUACAAUCAAGCCAAGUCCAACUGCUUCCAAAGAGUACUUUGAGAAGGUAAAUCAGUAGAUCAUCCAGUGUACCUGGAGCUUCUCACACCAGAAAAGAACCACAGCUGAAACCCACUUUUAGCAUUUCAAAGAUGUUUAUUUAUACAAAGCAAAAAAACAAUCAUGCUUAUAUUCAUAAGUAUUACUCUAAACAUUUUGUUUUUGUAACACUGGCUAAGGCUCUUUAAACAUGGCUAGGUGCUAAUAUGAGGAGUCAUCUGUUGGUAACAUCUUGGUGGCUAGCUAGUUUCUACAGAGCACCUAAUUCACCUGUUUCUUAGACCAUGUCUUCAUUGGGUAAAUGCUCUUCCUUCUUAGCCUUACUUGAACCUUUGUCUACAUCAAAGUAGUACAGCAAGCAUUGAAAGCUUCUGAUCAAGGGUCCUGAAAUUUUCUUCUUGAUUUUCUUCAUUAAACGGAAUUUUCUUUCAAGGUAACAAAGAUCAUAUUUUAGCUUGUUAGCAUCAGCAGUGUAACUUAACCCUCAAAAUGGAUAUAUAUGUGAUUGAAACAAAUGUGAAUCAUGUUAUGAAAAAACACGGUGGCAAAGUGACUUAACUGAUCCCGCAUGGUCCCCACCCCUGACGUGUAUAUUCCAUACUGACUAUACUCAUUUUAUUCAUUAGCUGACUUAGUAUCUACAUGCAUUUCUAGACAUUGAUAAGAUGUCAUUAUAAAGGAUAUUUAUUGAAUCCAGGGAAUGAAUUUGAAAUCACUGUAAUGAUUUUCUUUCUUUAAGUCUUCGAUGUGAAAUACCUAAUAAAAAAUAAACAUAUUUUAAAA